CAACCGACCCAGCAUCGACAGCAGCGAUGGACUUUUGGACAAGGCUGGGCGAGCUCGCAGAGAGCAUCGCCAUGUCGCCAGAGGCAUCGGCUGUGCUGAACAAGGCCGACGUGCUGGAAAAGGCAAAAUCGAAGGGCUCCAAACGAGCAACGCGAAGCAGCAAGAAACGAGCACAAGAGGCGGCAGCGACAAUCACCUUCCAUACCAUCAGGCAACGCGUCGCUGACGAAGAGUACACGAAGAUCGAGGAGUUUGAGCGUGACAUCAACACCAUCUGCAGCCAGGCAGCAACACAGCAGCCCGCAGACAACAAGUCCCGCGUGCAGGCCGCGGAAGCGCUGCGUGCUCGUGCCACCCGGAUCAUCGAUUCUGCACGUCCCAUGCUCAUGCAGCUGCAACAGCGCGACGUCGAGAAGACGGAGGGCCUCAGUCUUGCGCCGAAUGUGGAGCUCAAGUACGUGCGCGGCUCUGACCCAGAGUCACGGUUCAACCUCCCAAUGUACAACCCAAGCCAAGACGAUGCGUUGUCUGCGCGCCUCGCCACGUGGCUGACGCCCUUCCGCGCCGUUCGUCCCAUGACACACGUGGAGAAGAGCUGGAACCAUGCCUUGCCCGCGACAAACCUUGCCCGCAAUCCAUGGAUUUCGUUUGGCCCCACAGAUGAUGGAACACAGGCAAACGUCGGCGAUUACGAAGCAGACAUCCUUCUCAACCACCGCCAACCAUGGCACCCACCUCCGUCACCACACGGUCUAAGCACGGUGAACUUUGCGCGUGCUGUGAUGCGGUCUGUGUCGCUCAUGGGUAGCGACCGGCACCAGCUCGCCAGCGAGGCAGAGUCCGUCCUCAACGCAGCAGAGCAGGAUCCUGAGUUGCAAGCGUUGCUGACGUCCAUCCUGGAGGAAGAUGACGAUGAUGCACAGGAAGCCAGCAGCGCGCCUUCACAGCCACCCAAGGAGGUUGAUCCACUCACCACCGUUCCAGACCAUGCGCUGAAGUGCACAGAUCCAGCGCCUACAGCGGACAUUGUCAAGCGAAACCACGAGCUGCUCUCCAGAAUGCAAGCGGAGCAGGUGGCGCGCGUGUCCACCGGUCGUCCAUGGGAGAUUGGGCCACGCGAGAUACAGCUUGCCAACCACCUUCGGCACAACCUGAAGAUUGUGAUUGCGCGACGCACUCCGAAGCAAGUCACGGAUAUUUCAGCGGUUCGGUCGCUGGCUGGUGUACAGGCGCGGACGCGGCCUCCGAGCGGGAAGCGAAGAGCGUAUGCGGCAAAGGCGUUUAUUGAACAGCACGCAAAGCGGGCGGCCACGGCGGAGGAAGAGAAGAGCUUAGAUGUGCACGAUAGCGAAGCAGAGGAGGAAGCCAAGACAGAUGCGCAAGGGCAGGCGGCCGAGAGUGAUCGCGAGGCAGACGCGGCAGCAGGUGAGCAGAGUGCACGUGACACCAGCGCCAAAGCAACGGCGGCAGCAACUGACUCCACAACAACUGCCGACGAAGCUGCGGAUCCUACACGAGGGACAGCAACGCCCAAGAUGAUCCAGUGCGAACGGUGCGGUGGUCUUGGACUGCAGUUCCAUCGGCCGGUUCUCCACGGCAUCCCAGAGCUCCUCUGCCAAGCGUGUGGGGAGCACUGGGAGCAGUAUCGGUUGCCUCGCCUUGUUCAAUUCGACCCGGACAGCGAAUGCACCAUCAAGCUACAGGCAAAACCGUACCUCUUCAGAACCAAGUGAAGCAGCCUCGGUCCGUCUGCGUGUGUGCGUGUGCGCGUGUGCGCGUGUGUGUUUAUGGAUGUCGAAUUCAUCUGCACACCUGCGUCUUCAAAUGCAAUGCCGUUGUAAUAAUUGUCACAGCAUGCUCUCUUUGCGGUGUUGGUUUACUUCUCACGUUGCAGCGACCGUCAAGACACCACAUCACAUCACACACACACACACAUUUCUGUGGCACAAGUAAACGAAGGCAAACCGAAA